UUGCUCAGUGCCUAAAUAAGUGAUGUACAUAAAAAGCUUUCUAGUCCUCUCCUACUGAUCUCCAUCGGUUAGCACCUUGCCAUGAUUAAUCCAGAGCUACGGGAUGGCAGAGCUGAUGGCUUCAUACAUCGGAUAGUUCCCAAGUUGAUACAAAACUGGAAGAUUGGCCUUAUAUGCUUCCUGAGUAUUAUUAUUACUUCAGUUUGCAUUAUUAUGAUAGCCACAUGGUCCAAGCAUGCUAAACCUGUGGCAUGUUCAGGGGACUGGCUUGGAGUGAGAGAUAAGUGUUUCUAUUUUUCUGAUGAUACCAGAAAUUGGACAGCCAGUAAAAUAUUUUGUAGUUUGCAGAAAGCAGAACUUGCUCAGAUUGAUACACAAGAAGACAUGGAAUUUUUGAAGAGGUACGCAGGAACUGAUAUGCACUGGAUUGGACUAAGCAGGAAACAAGGAGAUUCUUGGAAAUGGACAAAUGGCACCACAUUCAAUGAUUGGCCAUCAAACUCCAAAUGGUCUUGCAACCGGAGCCUCCGACAAUGGCUUCUUCUGCUGGGACCCCUUAGAUAGGCCUCUGAGGGAGCUCUGACUGCUGUUUCCCCAAAACAGUGUCCCCUGUCAGCAGGAAGCAGUUAAGUCAGUCUUCAUCCUUAUCCUUAAUAUAACAGCAGUUAGAUGUACUUCUUUAGAGGGAGUAAAUUUAUCAAUUUAGAGCAAUUCAUCCUCCUCUUUCCAUCUUUGAUUCACAGUUAAUAGGCUAUAAAUUUUGAUAAUGUAGAAUAAACUACAGAAAACUUCUUGAAGGAGUUAAUUGCCUCAUUUACAUAGUGGACAUAGCUGUUCCAUUUAUUAUGAAAUGUUUUAAAUAAAUUCCUACCAACAUGCCAGGGGUUUGGUCUAGGUCCUGCUGCUCACCACACAAAAUGCCACUCACUAAGAUGAGUUUUGCCAGGAAAGAAGGCAAUUGGGUGCAGCAGUCAAGGAGAGUGGGAGGUAAAGUUUCAAACCUGUCUCCUUGACAAACUAAAAUUGGGGUUUACAUACCAGGAAAGGCAGGAAAAAAAUACUAGGAAGAAGUAAGAAAGCAAUGGAUGAGGGGUCUGGCAUAUGAUUGGAUGUGGUGAUCUGAUGAGUUUCUGUUCCUCACUUGAGGGUCAGUUUCCCAAGGAAGGAUCUCAGAUAAGACAAAUGUGAGUUUCACUUUUGAGGACCAGGAGGGUCAAUUUCUAUGUUUAUUCAAAAAAGCCAUGAAUAUCAGUUCUAUGAGGAAAUUGGGCUGGUUUCAAAAUGAGAGGAAAAGUAAACUUUAUAUAGAAUUUCAUUUAGAAAAAUAAAGUAGUUGGAUUAACUAUGUUUGAUAAAAAGGGAAUGAACUAUGGCAUCACAUGAAAAACAAGCCACAUGGCAAAUUCCUUCAAAUAGUCAUUUUAUGCUUACAGCAUUUUAGUACUUUAUUGCCAGCUGUAAGUUUGAUUUCUUUUUAAUGAAAAUUGAGAACACUUAAUUUGGAGGAAAUACCAUGAAAGAAAUGGCGUAACUAUAGCCAUGUGCCUGGUCUAUUUUCCACCAAAUGCUUAGAAGGAGUUAAAAUCCAAGGAAUAGAAAACACGUAUGAUAGAUGCAGUAGGCAGAUAAGGGCGGAUCCCCAGAGAAUCUCUGACCCACCCCAAAAGUGUUUACAUCAGAUGCUUUUGUGCAGAUGAGGGAAACUACCCAAGGCCUUGUCUGGUCAUGCCCACAAUGGACUGGGGGCCUGCUUGCACACUGGGAGAAUGGGGUAGAGCCACCGAGAAUUCAAAGCUUAUGCAGGCAGGAGGAGCCUGGCCUCUUCAGCUUGUGUGUGUGAUAGCCUGGUAUUCAAUCUGUGAGGUGGCACUGUUGGCAGGAUGCCUCCCCUGGCUUUUUUUUUUUAUACUGAGCGUUUUCUUUUGAUAAAUUCUGCUCUCCUCACUUUUCAAUGUGUCCACAUGCCUAAUUUUUCCUGGUCGUGUGACAAGAACCUGGAUUUUAGCUGAACUAAGGAGCAAAAGAUCCUGCAUCACAUACGCAGAAAAAGAGGCAGAAUUAGAUUAAAUUUAAUCUUUAAUAUACUGAAAAAAUAGGAUUUUGUGUUUUUCUGUUGAAAAUAAAACCCACAGAAACGGAGAAUAGCAUGCUAGUUUCCAGGGGGUAGAGGGAAAGGGAAAUGGGAAAUUGCUCCUGAAAGCACAGAAACUUUCAUUUACGCAAGAUGAAUAAGUUCUAGAGAUCUCUUCUACAACAUAGUACCUACUAUUAACAAUUUAGUAAUGUGCACUUUAAAAUAAUUGAGAGGCUGGACACGGUGGCUCAUGCCUGUAAUCCCAGCACUUUGGGAGGCUGAGGCGGGUGGAUCACUUGAGGUCAGGAGUUCAAGACCAGCCUGGCCAACAUGGUGAAACCUCGUCUCUACUAAAAAUACAAAAAUUAGCUGGGCAUGGUGGUGCAUGCCUGUAAUCCCAGCUACUCCAGAGGCUGAGUCACAAGAAUCACUUAAACCUGGGAGGCGGAGGUUGCAGUGAGCCAAGAUUGCACCACUGCACUCCAGCCUGGGCAACAGAGUGAGACUCCGUCUCAAAAAAAAAAAAAUUAAGAGACUGUAUCUCGUGUUGCGUUCUGAUAAAAAUAAAAGCAGAUAGACACAAAAGAACAUAAGGACAUAUUUGGAGGUGAUGGAUACGUUUAGUACCUUAGCUGUGGUGAUGGCAUCUCAAGUGUACACAAACUCACCAGAAAGUAAAAAUUAAGUAUGUGCAAUAUUUUGUAUAUCAAUUUGACCUCAAUAAAGCUUUAAAGAAUAAAGACAUAUAUUAAAAAUAAAAACAGGUUAUUGUAGUUUUUUCACUUAGAAGCAUUACAUUAAAAUUUUAUAUUUGGAUAGAAAAAGAAAUAAAUUUGUAUUUCACUAAAGAAAAAGAAUAGGCACUGUUAACAUCCAUACAUAUUUCUUUCCAUUCUUAAUUUACAUGCAAGGAUUUGCUUUUUUUGUUUUGUUUUGAAUAUUUGGCCACAUGACUUUAUUUUAUUUUAUUUGAAUACAUUUAAAGGGUACAAGCAUAAUUUUGUUACAUGGAUAUAUCACAGAGUGGAGAAGUCUGAGCUUUUAGUUUAUCCAUCACCUAAAUAUUGUACAUUAUACCCAGUGGUAAUUUGUCAUUACCCACUCCCCACCAAACACUUCAGGCUAUAAUACACAGAUGAAAAAUUCAGAAUUCCAUGCUUCAAAUAUUAUAUUUGUACAUAUACUGCUUCUUUCCUUCCAAUCUACCACAUAGCACAUAUAGCUAAAUAACAUUCCUUUAAAGUUGUUUUAUUCUAUGCUAUUUUAAAUGCAAAAAAAUCAAACUAUUAAAUAACUAUUUAAAUGAUUACUAAUUUUUUAUUUAGCUUUUCUUGUCAAUGCCAUGGAAAAGACAAACCAGAAAUCCAAGUAUAGAGUAAAAGUUCUGUUCAGAAGUUGUCUUUAUAGUCAAUUCAGGAUAAAAUACUUUUCUCCUAUUUAGAUGAUGUCUGUUGGCAGAAACUUUCUGUUAGAAACUUUACCUAAAAAUCUUAAGUCUUUAAAAUCUGGCUCUGCUUUAACAUGCAAGGUAUUUCUACAUUUUGUUGUACAUUUACACACCACUGGUUCCAUUGUGCGUCAAGAUCGCAUCUCUCUGGCAAAUGCCCUUAAAUGUGGAGCUACAGUCUUCAGAAUACACCCACUUUCCGGUGAUAACGGCACAGCUCCUGUCAUCAGUUGGUCCAAUCACUGAAAACCUAAGAGACAAAGGACAGAUUUUUCAGCAUUUAUCUUAAAAUGAUAGUAGUAUCUUUUAAAGUUUUCUCCAGCCAAACUUUUAUAGGUAAUUCUUCAGCAGCCAAAGUUUUGCAGAGGUUUUAGAAUGGAAUUUUCAUUGCUAAUGCAGCCUCUUCUCCUCUUUCCUGUCUUGGUAACAACACCAUGCAAGCUCAAGCUACACUAGAAGACAUCCCAGUUUCUUCCUUACCUCUCAAACCUCUCAUUAUAUACACCUGCAAGACCUGAGUAUUCUAUGUCCAGAUUAUCUCUUCUAUCCAUUCACUUCUCCCAGCUUCUCAAUUUAGACUCAAGCUACGAUUAUCUCUCCCUUAUCUCUAGCCAUAGCCUUCGAACUGACCUCCAUAAUUUCAGUUUUGUUUCCUAUCUAUUAAGUUUCCACAUAGCAGCAUAAAUAAAUUUUUGCAGGUAAGUAGAUGCCAAAAUGAAAGUUUUCAAUAGAAACUACAUAGUGAUAGGUAUGCUAUAACAAUGUGAGUUGGGAGGCAGUCGCCCAAGAUUUUGUUUAAGUCAAAGUAAAACCUAUUAGGUGACUCUUAAAUUCCUCAUAUAACUUCCACAGUAUAAGGUUAGGAUGAUGUGCAAUGUAUAAAUGGAAUGCCUUUGAAGAGCGCUAUUUUUUAAACUAUUCUUUCUAGUUACUAAUGAUUAUUUAAGAAAAUACAGACUGAACACUGUUAUAACCACCUGCAUGUGCGUUGUUUUCCUUAAAUGAUAGGAUAAAAGCUUUUAAAAGUGAUAUUUUACCUUUAUAGUAAUGCUGGUUUCCAAAAAAGUAAAAAAUAAUAUUAAUUAUAAUAAAAAUUAGUAAUAAAUCUUACUUUUUUUCAAAUACUGCAUUAAAAGCAGGUCCAGGAAAUGGAUACGACUUCAUCCUUUAGUUUUAUGCUCACGAAGGAUGAUAAUAAAUGUAGAAUAGAUGUAUCCAGGAGUAGAUAAAUAUCUAAACUGAAAUGAACUAUGACUCCAUGGCCUUUGCUCCAGACUUGCCACAUCUCAAGUGUUUUGGUCGUAUGACCAGUAACUGAAGGCACAGAAGAAAAUGUCUAAACGUGACCCUUCAGAAUUUGAAAGCACUCUUACAUGCAACACCUCAUGUUGUUCACAUAAGAACAAUGUGAAGAAAGUAUCGUGGAUCUUUUCAUACAGAUAAGGAAGCAGGUAUCAGGCUGGGAGUGGUGGCUCACACCUGUAAUCUCAGCAGUUUGGGAGGCUGAGGUGGGUGAUAGUUUGAGCUCAGGAGUUGGAGACCGGCAUGGGCAACAUGGCAAAACCCCGUCUCUACAAAGCAUACAAAAAAUUAGCCAGGUGUGAUGGCACCACACCUGUAGUCCUAGCUACUCUGAGGCUGAAGUGGGAGAGUUGCUUAAGCCCAGAAGGUCAAAUCUGCAGUAAGCCACGAUCAUGCCACUGCACUCCAGCCUGAGCCACAGAGCAAGGCUCUGCUGAAAAAGAAAGAAAGAAAGAAAGAAAGAAAGAAAGAAAGAAAGAAAGAAAGAAAGAAAGAAAGAAAGAAAGAAAGAAAGAAACAAAGAAGGAAGGAAGGGAGGGAGAGAGAGAGAGAAAAGAAAGAAAGAAAAAGAAAGAAAGAGAGAAAGAAACAGAGAAAGAAAGAAGAAAAGAGAGAAAGAAAGAAAAAAGAAAAAGAAAGAGAAAGAAAGAAAGAGAAGAAAAGAAAAAGAAAUGGAUAUCAACAAGUUUAGUUGAAUUUCUGAAGGGCAAAGUUUUUAAAUUCAUGUUUUCUGAUUUCAACUCCAGACCUUUCUACACAUUCCAGCUUUUAUUUAUAGGUGAAUUUUGUCUUUGCUUUUACCACAUGAGAAGUAUUUGCAUAAAAUUAUUUCAAAUGAGAUUUAAAUCAGCUUAGAAAUUUAAAAAUUAUUAUGAAUUUUAGACAAUUAAACUGCCAGGUGACAAUGAAUACUUUCCAUCCCAUUUUUCAAAAUUAGUGAAUGUUAAAGAAGAGAGGAAGCAAAGAAAAAAAAGGGGGGGAGGAAGGAAAGAAAAGAGAGAGCUAAAAGGGAAAAAGGAGAAAAAAAUUUAAAGAUAAGGGAAAACAGAGAAAGAAGAAAAAAAGACUGGAAAGUGAGGAAGUUUAAUAUAAAAAUAAUUCUAUAAAUAAACAUCAGCACCCCUCCCUUACAAAUAACUACUCACAAUUCUGGAACUAAAAAGUGUUCAUCUAUCCACAUCCAUAGGUUUCCUUGGAAUGUAACAUAUAGUCCAAUCCAACCAAAAUGUCCAGGUUUUAAACGGUUCUGUAUGAACUCCUGCAGAAGAAAUAGUGUAUUUAUUCAUUCAUUUGUUUAAAAACAUUUUGGUGCCUUCUAUAGUGUAAGUCUCUGUGCCGGCAUUAAUAAAAUACAUUUUCUCAUAUACAUUAGCAUUUUUUUCGUGAACAAUAGUGACUACAUUGUGGCUAACACAUGUUCAGAAGCAAUGACAAUAAACCUCCCAUGCCUCUUAGGCAGUGAACUUGCACCUAGCCAUUUUUCCUUGUGCAGUUAGAUCCUGUUUUUGAUUUCUCACCAGCUCAUCCAAAUUUUGAAUCACCAGUAAAUGUGCCUGUAGCUGUGUACAAUCACGUUGACUCUCUUUCCACGUUUUAAAAGAAGUUGAAAACCAGUAACAUUUCCCUUCGUUCAACAGCCAGUCAUUUGGGCACAAAUAAUUGUGUCCUAAAGGAAAAUAUAGGGGAAAAUUAAUUAAACUUUACAGCCAACAGGGAAGAUAGAAAUAUUAUCAAAUGUGACUACUUGGAAAAUAGAUUUUUCCAACUCAUUUUUUUUUUUUUUUUGGUCAAUAAAAAGGAGUUCAGACCAGGCGCGGUGGCUCACGCCUGUAAUCCCAGCACUUUGGGAGGCUGAGGUGGGUGGAUCACCUGAGGUCGGGAGUUCGAGACCAGCCUGACCAACAUGGAGAAACCCUGUCUCUACUAAAAAUACAAAAUUAGCCAGGCAUGGUGGCCCAUGCCUGUAAUCCCAGCUACUUGGGAGGCUGAGGCAGGAGAAUCGCUUGAACCUGGGAGGUGGAGGUUGCGGUGAGCCGCGAUCGAGCCAUUACACUCCAGCCCGGGCAACAAGAGCGAAACUCUGUCUCAAAAAAAAAAAAAAAAAAGCAGUUCUGUAAAAUGAGAAUAAUUUACUAACCUGUGUAUUUCCAGGAGUUGGGCAGGGUUUUUGAUGAUGGAGUAGGGGAGAACAAAGCCUGUGAAUUCUGAUCCCCAUAAUCAGAGGAAGCAAAUUAUAACAUUUUUGACAGUUAAUUACCAACUGAAAAAGUAAAAGCUUAUUACUUAAUUUCCUCCACUAUCUGGUUCUAAUUCCUUUGACAUUUCAAGAUUGUCUUUACAACCUGCACUUCAUGUCUGUGAGAUUACUUACUAUUACUGAUGCACUGGGUACUUAUUCUCCUGUGCUUUUCAUUCAUACUGUUCCCUUAGUCUUGAAUAGCCUCCUCUUCCUUCUUUACCCGCUAACUUUUUCUUUAAUAUACUGUUAUAUUUCCACCUCAAAAAGGAAGCCUUGAACCGUCAAUUUCUGCUAUCUGUAAGACUCAACACAUAGAUAUCAUAAUUGAUACCUUUGCUAAAGCAAAGGACAAAUCGUUUACGUCCUAUUCACUUGUAAAAAUCUCCAUAUCCUCCACCUGAUUGGAAGGUUUGUGAGGUGGGACUGUCAUAUUCAUCUUUGACUCUCUUAUCAUUUAGUACUUUGUAUGUAAUAAAUGCUUAUUGUUGAAUGUUGAAUGGUUGGAUUAAAUAUUUUUAAGUUAAAACAUGUCAUAUUUUCAUUGUUAAUAUUUUAGUUUGUCAACUAUGACCCUAAAAUGUUAUUAAAAAAUUACUUUUAGAAAUUAAACUAUAUGUCCAGCUAAGAUUAAAAAAGUAACCUGAGCAGGUAUAAUUUGAAGAAGGUUACUAUGACCUAAAUUUAGAUUCAUGAAACUUCAUAUAUAUUCUUAACUCAUUAAUACAUGCUGUGUCAGGGCAAGAGUGGCCAAUGCUGAAAAAUUAUAAUUUAAAAAAAAUUGAAAAGAUUCAGGAUAACUAAAUUGUAAUUUCAGUUGUACAAAUACAUAGUUGUUUGCUAAAAGGUAUAAAAUGACCUCUCAUAUACCUCCCAAGUUAUGAUUCGAGAGGGGAUAUUUAUUAACUAUUACUAGUGAGAACGUGCCACUUGGAUGAAAUAAUUUUAUUAUGUAGAUAUUGACAGACUGGUCAAUGAAGUACCACUGGAGUGCUGCCAAACACAAUGAAAAUACUCCAAAUGAUGAGUGUAGCAUUGUAAAACACCAGAAGAUGCAAGAUGUGGACACUAACUGUCCAAAAGAGUUAUUGUAGGUAACUCAGAUUUAAGUCCCAUCUUCUAAAAGAAGAAGAAAUACAGGAUGAAAGUUGAGAAAAACAUUUAUUGAGCAACUCUUUAUAUCAAUUGCUCUCUUAGAUGCUUUAGAUAAUAAUAACAACAUACACAUAUAGCCAUUGUCGUGGGCCAGGCAGGUUUCUAAGCACCUUAUAUACACUUCGUUUCUAAAAUAUCUUUGUAGAGUUAAAUGACACCAGGAAGAUACGAAAAGGAAAAUUGAGAAUAUGAGAAAUUGUGCCCAACCAUGACCUACCUUUUGACAAAUAAAUGGCAAAAAAAAAAAAAAAAAUUAAAAGGAGGGGACAAGUGUCUAUAAAUUAAGACUCAAGAGGCAUAUUAACCAAAUGCAAUUGAAGUCUUUGAUUAUAAUUCUAAGAAAUCAAAUGAAAAGAAAAAAGACAUUUUAAUGCUGACUAUUAGAGGAUAUUAAGAAGUUAUUGCUAGCUUUGUUAGGAAUUGCGGUAGACAGAAUUCCAAAAUGACCCCAUUGGUCCAGCCUCUGGUGCACAUGACCUGUGUAAUUUCUUCAUAACUAUGGGUAAGACCUGUGAAUAUGACGAAAUAUCACUUGCAUGAUUAGGUUAUAUUAGAUAGCAAGAUGACGGGAUUUUGAAAACAAAAGAAAAGUCCCCAUCUGUUGAUUUUGAGUUAAUCUAAAGAAAGAUUAUCCCAACUAGGUCUGGCUUAAUCAGAUGUAAGUCCAUGAAAGAGGGUUGAGGCCUUUCCUGAAGAGAGAGAUAACUCCUGUUGCCUUUAAAGAAUUCAGCUUCCAUGUUUCGAGAGGGUGUACAAGAGCGACACGUGGUAAAGAAAUGCAGAGGCCUCCAGAAGCUUAGAGGAGUCAUAGCUGAAAGCCAGAAGGAAAGCAGUAACCUGUACCCUGCAACCACAAAUAAUUGUGCCAACACCAUAAGAGAGAGCUUGGAAGAGGAACCUCAGCUCUCGAAAGAUGGGUGGUCUGGCCAACAUCUACACUGCAUUGCCUGUGAGACCCUGAGCAGAGGACUUAAUUAAACGUGCCCUGACUCCCAACUCGUGGGAACUGUGAGGUAACAAGUAUAUGUUGUAAAACAUAUACAGGAGUAUAUGUUUUACAUAUGUAAAACAUAUGCAGGAGUUAAUAGUGAGAUUGUG